UCCUGUUCAGUCACUUCCGGCUCGCUCCAACAUGGCGGCUGUUGACAGCUGAGGCUUUGAGUCGGAUUUUAAUCAUCGAUCGGAUCGAUUAUCGGCCGAUUGUGACGGAUGGACUGAGUUUGUUAACCGCAUCGUUCCGGAUUAUCGGCGCAGUUUGAAGUGAAACGUUCAAAGAGGCGAAAAAAAAAAAAACAGAAUUUAACGUUUGUUUGACUCAAAGGAAGAAAGAAACAGAGAGGUGAGAAACUGCUCCUGCUACUUCCUCUGACCUUCAGCAGGAAGUUUCAUCCUCACAGAAACCGAUCAAGUAAUGAUUGAUCGAGGACUCGUUGGUCAGAACAGGUGCUGUUCUCUGCUUUUUCUCUAACAGGAAGUCACUGCUGAGGGACCGUUCAUGGUCUGGGUGCUGUGACCCAGCUAGACCCAGCCGGAGUCAUGGAGAAGUUCGGGAUGAGUUUUGGUGGCGGCGGCCCCAGCAGGAAGGAGCUGCUGGACACGGUGGAGUCCCAGAAGAAACAGCUGGUCCAGUACCAAACCCGCUUCAAGGACGUGGUCCGGGCCUACAAGAGCCUCCUGAAAGAGAAGGAGGCGCUGGAGGCCAGCCUGAAGGUCCUGAGCGUGACCCAGGACCUGGACCUGAGCCGGCAGGACCGGAAACGUCUGGACACCACCACCACCACGCCGGAGCUCCCUGAAGAUGGCUGCUCGCUGCACAGUGAGGACAGCGUGGACACGGCGGCGUCUCUGGACAUAGUCAGUGAGACUACGAGGGGGGACCAGAGCGAGGAGGACCCGGCAGAACCUGGAGGAAGACUGGUGGCAUCCGAGCCCGACGGAGGUUCUGAGAGUGGCAGUGUGGGGCUGGGGCAGCAGCAAGCCACUCCCCCUCCUGGUGUGGAGGCAGACCGCAGAGUUGCUCAGCUGAAGGGCCAGCUGAGCACACUCACAAGCUCCCUGGCCACAGUGACGCAGGAGAAGUCACGGAUGGAGGCAAGCUUCCAGGCCGAUAAGCGUCAGCUGAAACAGGAAGUGGAGGAGUUGCAGGAACGGCUGGUCAUCAUGACGACACAGCAUGAGGCAGAACUGCACACCCUGCAGCAGCAGCUCGCUGAAAGCCGUGCUCGCAUCAUCACGCAGCAGCAUGAGCGUGAGCAGGAGCAGGGAGACCACGCCCAGCAGCUCCGCGAGCUGCAGAGGCUCCUGCAGGCCGAGAGAGACCAGCGGCAGGAUGUCGAGCUCCGCCUCCAAGACACCAGCACUGCCCUUCUCGUGACGUCACAGGCCAUGGACCGGGGGGCGGUGUUCGAGGCUCUCCUGAACCAGGUGAAGGAGGAGAGAGACGAGCUGAAGAGGAGGCUGCAGGUUGCUGAGGAGGACCAAAGAAAACCGGAUCCUAGAGUGGAGGAGCUGCAACGAGAGCUAACAGAGCUGAAGAGCCGGGUUCAGGAGCAGGUCCAGCUUGAGACCCGCAAGGUAUGUGAGGUGGAGGAGCGCGCCCAUGAGCGUGCUCAGUCUGCAGAGGCCCGGGUGGCGGUCUUGGAGCAGCGCGUGUCUGAGCUGUCCGAGCUGCUGGGCUCGUGUGAAAAGGCGAGGCAGCGGGACCAGCAGGCGGCGCAGAGGCUCCGGGAGCGUGUGCUGCAGCUCGACACUGAGAACAAAACACUUGCCAUUGCUGCCUCCAGCAGGACGACCUGUGACCUCGGGCCAGACGAGCUGCUUGACGUGGGCACGCUGCGGGAGAAGCUGCAGAAGGUGAAGAAGCUGCUGCUGCUGGCGGCACAGAGGAACCCGGACCAGAACAUCCAGGACCUGGACGUGGAGGCAGAGCCAGGCGCGGAUGCCGCCACGGUACUCGUCUACCAGCAGGAGCUGCGGCAAGUGAAGGACGAGUUUGAGCGCUACAAGCUGCGAGCGCAGGUGGUGCUGAAGAACAAGAACGCCAAAGAUGGCUGCCAGGCGCGGGAGCUGGAAGAGGUGCGUGACCAGCUCGCCGAGCUGCGCGAAAAGUACAUCAACCUGCGCGUGCAAAGUGACGAGGCCGAGGCCUGCCACCGCCAGCAGCUCGAUGAACGCCAGCAGCAGGUGGCGGCACUGCAUCAGGCGCACCGGCAGGAGGCGGAGCGUCUGGAGGCACUGCACCGUGAUGAGCUGCUGCGCCUGGAGGCGGAGCUUCACAAGCAGCGUGAGCGCACCAUGGCGCUGCUGGACGAGAAGGACCGAGAGCUGGAGAGGCUGCGGGCAGCUGCCGCUGCUGCAACACUUGCCUGGUCCAACCGUGCUGAUACCACGCCCGCCGACCCACAGGAGGACAGCAUCGACACAGAGGCUGACAUAGUCAGCCAGGCACUGUGGCGGGCCACGCCCACCGAGUCCACGCUGCUGCUGUAUGCUGAGCAGCUUGCCCGCAAAGAGGUGGAGGUGGGGGCGCUGCGGCGGCAGAAGAACCGGUUGGAGGAGGAUAUCCGUCAGCUACAGGCACAGCUCAUCACCAACGGUGAGCGCCACGAUGAGGAGGUGGCAGCCCUGCGGGACCGUCUUGAAAAACUGAUCCGGGACCAGAGCCGUGAGGGGGCCAACCUGGAGUACCUGAAGAACAUUGUGUACAGGUUCCUGACGCUGCAGGACACCAGCGGGCGCCAGCAGACGCUCACCGCCAUCCUCACCAUCCUGCACUUCAGUCCGCAGGAGAAACAUGACGUCAUGAGGCUGCAGGGGAGCACCUGGUGGGUGGGGCGCAGGUAGAACACCUGAAGAAGAAAAGCUCACCUGCAGGAGGAACACCUGGAAAUCAGAGCCAAUGAAGACCUGGCUUCAUGCUGCGGUUGAGGUCGUCUGUAUUUUUCAGCUUCCUAAUGUUUCUCUGAGUUUGGUGCUUUCUGAGCUACACGUGACUCUAAACACUACAAACACAUGAUCAUGUGACCUUCGCUGGUCAAUCAGCUGUCAUUUCUGAUGUUUAUUUUUGAUUCAGAUUAAAAUAUUUUUCC